AUGGAGGAAAUUUCUGAAGGAAUUCGAGCAACUUCGUUAAGGAUCAAUGAUUGUCCAUCACCAUUACCAUCCGCUAUUGCUUCGUCUGCUACUCCUCAAAAACACUUAAAAUGCUUUAUCAGCGUACAUUUCGUGCAAAAGUUGAUAGCAGAGUUUGUGGGAACGUACAUGUUGAUAUUUGCUGGUUGUGCUGCUAUAGUUUUGAAUAUAAACAAGAACAACGUUGUCACACUACCUGGAAUCGCGUCUGUUUGGGGACUUGUGGUGAUGGUUUUGAUUUACUCCGUUGGUCAUGUAUCUGGUGCACAUUUUAACCCUGCUGUAACAAUUGCAUUUGCCACAAGCAAAAUGUUUCCAUGGAUUCAGGUUCCGGCUUAUAUUUUGGUACAAGUCGUGGGAUCCACUCUCGCGAGUGGAUCCCUUCGACUAAUAUUUAAUGGCAAAGAAGAUCAAUUUGUUGGAACAGUUCCAGCAGGAACAGAUUUACAAGCUUUGAUACUUGAGUUUAUUGCCACAUUUUACCUAAUGUUUGUCAUUGCUGGUGUUGCUACUGAUGAUCGAGCUAUGAAACAUUUAUCUGGUGUUGCAAUUGGAGCCACUGUUUCACUUGAUAUAUUGUUCUCCGGACCACUAACAGGGGCAUCAAUGAACCCAGCAAGAAGUUUGGGACCAGCAAUUGUUACAGGUCAUUACAAAGGUUUAUGGAUCUACAUUAUUGGGCCAACUUUGGGGGCCAUAUUUGGUGCUUGGACUUAUAAUCUUAUGAGACUCACAAAUAAGUCUUGGGGCGAAGCCGCGAAAGAAAUUUCACAUUCACAAACAGCUAUAGAAGUGUCUUCCAAAGACAAAGUUAUAUGCAAUUGUGGUGAAGGGUGGUCAUGUGUUGUCUCCAAGACAGAAGCAGCAGAAGUAGGCAAUAUUUUCUUUGAAUGUGCAGAAGGUUGUAUUUGUAUUGUUGAUGAAACAAGUACUCUAAAAAAACAUGUAUAUGUAUAUGAAAAGACUAAAAGAAGAAAGAGUUACAAAAUGUAUAUUUAAAGAAUAAUGUUUGAAGUUCAAUAAUAACAUUUACUGUACUACUAUUUUUGUUUUA